AGUCCAGAGACACCCAGCCGUGGCCCCGCCCACCUAAGGACUCCGCCCCCUGAGCCCCGCCCCGCCGUUUGAAGCGUCUCGGGCUGCAGCCGCUUUGGAGUCGCGCGCGGGGCGUGGGGAAGUGUUGAGGAGUGCAGGUCGCUGCCAGCUUGACGCCCGACUGUCCAGCCAGCGCAGCGCGGCGGGAGCCCUCAGCCAGAGCAGCCUCAGAGCAGACGCAGCAGUCGCCGUCGUUCGCGGAGCGCAGCCGAGCCGGCCAUGGCGUUGUCGAUGCCACUGAACGGGUUGAAGGAGGAGGACAAAGAGCCCCUCAUCGAGCUCUUCGUCAAGGCUGGCAGUGAUGGUGAAAGCAUAGGAAACUGCCCCUUUUCCCAGAGGCUCUUCAUGAUUCUUUGGCUCAAAGGAGUUGUGUUCAGUGUCACCACCGUUGACCUAAAAAGGAAGCCUGCAGACCUGCAGAACUUGGCUCCCGGGACCCACCCACCAUUUAUAACUUUCAACAGUGAAGUUAAAACGGAUGUAAAUAAGAUUGAGGAAUUUCUUGAAGAAGUCUUAUGCCCUCCCAAGUACUUAAAGCUUUCACCAAAACACCCAGAGUCAAAUACUGCUGGAAUGGACAUCUUUGCCAAAUUCUCUGCAUAUAUCAAGAAUUCAAGGCCAGAGGCUAAUGAAGCGCUCGAGAGGGGUCUCUUGAAAACCCUGCAGAAACUGGAUGACUACCUGAAUUCUCCACUCCCUGAUGAAAUUGAUGAAAAUAGUAUGGAGGACAUUAAGUUUUCUACACGUAAAUUUCUGGAUGGCAAUGAAAUGACUUUAGCGGAUUGCAACCUGCUGCCCAAACUGCAUAUUGUCAAGGUGGUGGCCAAGAAAUACCGCAACUUUGAUAUUCCAAAAGGAAUGACUGGCAUCUGGAGAUACUUAACGAAUGCAUAUAAAAGGGAUGAGUUCACCAAUACCUGUCCCAGUGAUAAGGAGGUUGAAAUAGCAUAUAGUGAUGUAGCCAAAAGACUGACCAAGUAAAAUAGCACUUCACGACAGAGAUAUCUUCACAUCUUCCCUUAAGAAUAUGCUUUUCUUAACAGUCUGCUCCUCUUCCUAGAGUAGAAAUUGUAUUUUGCAUGAACAUGCAGUUAUUCAAGAUUAGGAUCAAGGAUAGACAAGGUAUAGUAGUUAUCUUAAAAUAUACACUCCUAAGCAGUAUUAUUUCAAAAUCCUUUCACCCUGCCUACCUCCUCUACCCAUGUCCUCCUCGCUUCUAAUUUGGAGACACUCCAUCACAAACUUUUCACUUUAGAGGUAAUUUGCCAUCUCUCAGGAGCCCUAACCAUUGUGUCCCUUCCCUGUGUACAGAUGGCAGAACUUUUGAGGUGCAAUGUUUAACUGUUAAAUAGUAGCCAUGACUUCAUCAGGCGGUCCCAAACUGGUGUGUAAUCCAUGGUACAAGGAAUAUUUAUGUAUUUUUUCGAAAUUUUAUAAUAUUUAGUAGAGUAUAUGAAAGGAUUGCUACUGUAUCAGAAAUAUUCUGUUUCAAUUUAGUCUAUCCUGGAUAUGUACUAAGGAGUAUUGCCACCAGAGAAGAGAGCCUUCUGCAGAAAGUCACUACAGAUUGUGCUGUUUUGCUUUGUAGAUGUUUCACUUUUGCCUGAAAGCAUUUAUCCUUCUUCUCAGUUGAAACAGCUAACACUAUGUAGAAGGUAAACGUUUAGAGGGAGAGGUGGUUUUUCUCAAGAUUCUUCUGCAAGCAUUUUGUCCUUAUAAUAGUAACUGAGGGGCACCUGAGACUCUGUCUGAAUGUGUUUGUUAUAUAUAUUUUGCCCAGUGCCAUUUAUUGGAACAUUAUUUCUUUCUUCCUUUGUUUUAAAAAGUUCCUUUUUAGGUAAGCAUAGAGCCUGCUAUUCGUAGAUCUUUGGAGCAACACUACAUAAACUGAUCCUUAGUUGAUUUAGCUGUAGCAGUACAAUUAUUAGUAAUGUAGAAAUACAGAAAUUAAUGUAAAGAAUGAAGGGUGAGUUUGUCAAAAUAGCAAGUACAAUUUUGUUUCUAAAGCAUAUUUAAUGUAGAUGGUCUGAAGAAUGCAUUGCCCAUCCUAUAUUAAAAACAAGAUAAAGCACAGAUUAUCAAUUUUGUUAUUUCACCCCUACUUUGUGGAGAGGAUUGCUCACGCCUUUUGGACUAAAUUAUAGUUGUGGAGAGCGUCUGUUUACUGUAGUCCUGCCUGGUCUCAGUCAUUCCACUUCUUUGAGUUAAAUUUUUCUACAGCUAUGUUGAGAAAUAGCAUUCUGCAUGUUUUGUUUUGUUUCUUUUUAGAUUCAAGUCCUAAACUAGCAAUUUUUGUGCUCUAAUAAUAGAAGAUGAACUUGGUGAAAAUAAAAAUUUGCUAUGCAUUUAUUCUUAAAAAGAAAAAGGACUUUCUGAGUACUCCUGAAAACUGUGGUUGUGACUAUAAUACUUUUGCAGUUUUUAUACCUAACUUGUAUAGAAAGUGCUAUUUCUUAUAGGCUGUUUUUUUUUGAAAUUUUAAGUAUAUUGCUUAAAACGGCAAUGUUUUUCCCUCUUUGGUAUGCUAACAUUUAAUAAGCACUGGCUUUAUGGAAGCAGCCUGAGUUUUAUAAGCAUAUAUGGUAUUUAAAAAAAAAAAUCUAUCAAUAAUUAGUUUAGUAUAGAAAGAUAAAGAGAAGCUCCAUAUUGUAUCCAUUUGGCCCAGGGAGAUUUCUUACCUUACCUUUCUUAGCACUCCUUACUGCUGAUCAAAAGUUUGAGCACCCUGUCUUUUUGUUACUUAAAUGUUGGAUGAUGAUUUAUCUGGUUCUAGGAAGAAAGCACUGUCCAGUUACCUAUUGAGAAAUUAUGUUGCAGUGGCUUCAGUGGGUGAAAGUGUCCCAUCGGUAUCAGUCCACAGGCAGGCAUCAUCACCACUCUGAAUCCACUUUUUAAAUAGAGGUAACUUGUCAUUCAGGUGAUACUGAACCUUGCUUCAUAGCUUAAAUUACAAAAAAGAUUUGACAGAAGUGGGUAUCUGUUCUUACCAGUGAAUGCAGAGUGGAGGGCUGGAGGGCUAGAGGGCUGAUACAGGAAAGAGCUCCAUUCCUCAAAAUAGAGUGGGGGGGGAAACCCGUUCUGAAACUCAGAGUGUUUUCACUCUGGAUAUGUAGUCUCUUCAUUGUUUUUAGUUAUCCAGGGAUUAUACCUGGCUGUUUAUCUGGAUAUCCAAGGAAGGCAGGUAUUUUACGACUUUGACAAAGGCAGCAUUAUUUCUCUCUCUGUGAAGACAGAUUUUAUUAUUACUUUAUCAGAGAAUUUAGUCCAAUGAAAGUGUUAGGUGGACAAAAACUGUAGAGACAAAGAUGAUCCUACCGCAUUCUUUUACCUUAGUCUAUUUUCACUUAAAAUCUUAAAAGAUUUGGAGCAUAAAAAUUUUCAUGGGCUCACAUAAUGGACCUCAUCUGAUUUUAUUUUUAAAAAUAAGAAUUCCCCCUCAUUGAAAUAGCUUUUGUGUUAUACUUCAGUAAGGAGUUCGGAGUCUGAAUGGAAGGUCUUACCCUUUUCCAGGGGAUUCUGAGAAGUUUUUGUAUUCAGCAGCUGGAGGGCUCUCUUCUCUUCCAGUUGAUAUUAACUGCCCUUUUCAGAUAUAGGUGCAGGUUUUCUAUAUAGUUAUCUUUGUUACUGGGACUGUUAAAUUUGUGAUGAAAUUCAAAUAAGGUUUCUUGGUAACUUUGGCUUUCUUAAUUUAAAUCUUUGAGCAAUCUAUGUGUGAUUAAGAGAUUUCUGACAUUUAUUCUUACUCUAAGAGGAUCAACUCUAGAAUAUAGGCAUUUUAACUUCUGUUGAGUUUUGAAUCUCUCCAGAGUUAUAUGUAGAUAGCUUUUAUUUCUGUACAUUUAAAAAAUCCAUUUAGAGAAUAUUACCAAGUAAAAAUGAGAAGAAAUAAAAAUGUAUUUUUUUCAUGAAUACUUUGAUACACAUUUCAUCAAGUUUAUUGAUUUACCAAUUUCUUAACACUUGUUAUAAACCAGUAUUUAAUUCAUAGAGAGGGAAGCAUUCAUUAUUGAUAUAUGGACAUUCUUUACUCCAGCUUUUAUAAAUGAUCAAGGUUUGGGCCACUAAAAUUAUAUUUUUAUCAUGGAAAAAAUUUCAACUCUUCAAGCCAUAAUGUUUAACAGAAUUGAAGUAUUUUCUUUAGAAUUUCUCAAGCAAGCAAAUGAAAGCUUAUUGUAGAAUGCUUGUACUUUUUUUUUUCUCUGGAACAUCAAUACCAGUAUAUUGCUGGCAGCUAUUGUAUUAAAAAGAAAUAAAGUAUAUUUUCACUAUCAUAAACGGUUCUUUUUUCCCCUCACCUCAUGAAAAUAAAUAACAAUUUGGGGUAAAAUUG